GAGUUUUGUUGCCACGCAACGUUGGUAUCACGCGUAUACGGCUCUGGUAUCUCGCAAUAGAUCCAUGCGAAAUGCAUGCCUAUGUUAAGUUCACUGAUGGUGUGCAUUUGAUUUUGCCCACUUCCCUGGUAAAGAAAUUCACGCCUCGCGAUGCUGCCGACUUCGACGCGACCCGGCUGUACGAGGCCUACUGGGUUUCAGAUUCCGGCGAAGGCGAAGAUGAGGACUUCUACAACGCCAACGUUAUCCUCCUGGGCGAGAGUCUUGAUGAUCUUUUGAAGAAGAUGCAACUGAAGCGGUACCCGAUUCCUAGGAUUUUGGAUGGUAGUGCAACGCAGAAGCAGCCUGCAAGAAAGCAUGUCCAAGACCUUGGACGAAAGGAAAAAAAGAACCGGAAGGAGAUUGGCAAGCGGUCGAGGCUUGAUGACAUCGCUGCAGAUUUUAAGAAAAAGCAAAAGACCCAGGAGACGAGGCCAGCACCUCAAGAGGAUAGGAUCCUUCGACAUCUCCUCCAGGAGAAAGAGGGCAAAAUAAAAAGACUUCAGAAAGAGCUUGCCGAGGAACAGGCUCACAGCCGGAGGCUGGGUUUGGCCCUUGCAAUGAAAAUUGAAGCUGCCUCAGAACCGCAAUGGAGGAGGCCUGGUACUUCAAGCGAGGAGCAUCUGUUGGCUGAACCACCGUCUUUUGAAGGCAUUGAACUGCUCGGUAAGAUUCUAGUGUACAAAUUUAUUUCAUCUUUUGAUCAUGCUUAUCCGUGCAUCAAAUUUUGUUUAGAAGACUCGCCAAGUCGUCUAGUAGAGGAGGUCCCCAAAAGUCCAGUGCCAUCAACCUCGUACACAGGCAAGUUUUAA